AAACAUCUAACCCAACCCUCAACCUUUUCUAUCUUCAAUGGCUUCCAUUCCUGAAUUCUAUUCAGAUUAUAGUUUCUCCACUGGAUUCUGCGGGAUUUCGCCUUACAUUCCAGUGGAAAACAUUGCCGGAGACAUAAUGUUGGGACAAGAAAGCUUUCCCUUGUUUGGAAAUGAAGCUAUCAUCAAUGUAUCCAAGCCUGAAACUUACACCAGAUCACCAUUAUUGGGGAUGUCAUACCAAGAACAGCUCGGAAUUCCGGCCAUAAAUGUCAUGGAACCUGGUCUAGAGCAGUUUCAAAUAGGAUCUGAAGCUGGAUAUGGACAAGUUAUCUAUGAGAUCAGUGAGAAAUGUGAUGGGUUCAUCUCAGAUUUCAAACCCGUUUAUGCUUCUGGAAUUAGAGAUAAUUCACCUUCGUCAACAAUAGAUGAAGAAUCAAAUGUAAAAGUUGGUCGCUACACAGUAGAAGAAAGGAAGAAACGUAUCCUCAAGUACUUGAAGAAGAAAAAUAGAAGGAACUUCAACAAAACCAUUAAGUAUGCCUGUAGAAAAACCCUAGCUGAUAGGAGGGUUCGAGUUCGAGGGAGGUUUGCAAGGAACAGUGAAUUGAAUGAAGCAUGCCAAGAAGCCCCAGCCAUGCAAAGCAACAAUUGUUUAUAUGAAGAAGGAUGUAGUGAUGAUGGUGAACAGAUCAAAUUCAAUGGGGAGGACUGGAUGCAAGAAGCUGUGGCAAGUCUCAUGUACUUACCCAUUUUCACUGAUAAUCUUGGGGAGCUAAUGUAAAGUGGAAAUUGGAGUUAAGAGUCCAAUUGAGAGAGAUACUAGUAAUCUUUUCUAGAUAUCCCUUACUUAGCUAGGACUCAUUUGGUAUUCUAGGAGUGUUUGUAUUACUACUUCAUUAGUACAUGAUUAGAAAUAGUCACCUUAAGUAGUUUAAGAGCUGAAAAAAUAUAUUUUGUUUCAAGACUAUGUUGCAAUU